GAGAGCCUCAGUGUCACACCCCAGAAAUGAAACUUAAGCUUGUCGGAGUCUCUGUUUCCCUUUGAAAGAAAAUCCAAACGGCCAAGUUAAUCGGGUCUUUGUCAACAACACAGCAGCUGCUAAACACCAAUAUGGCUGCUGCAAAGUAUCUGCCGCCAGAAGAUCAGUUUCUGUGCUCCAUCUGUCUGGACGUGUUCACUGAUCCUGUCACCACAUCAUGUGGACACAACUUCUGCAAAAACUGCAUCAAUGCACACUGGAACACUAAUGACCAGUGCCUGUGUCCGAUGUGUAAAAAGGUUUUCACCACCAGACCUGAGCUGCACGUCAACACUUUCAUCUCUGAGAUGGUUGCUCAGUUCAGACAGUCAGCUCAAAGUAAAACCAGCAGCAGCAGCAGCAGCUCAGAGCAAGUGAGCGCUGAAAGUGUCGAAGAGUCGAAACCAGGAGAAGUUCCCUGUGACGUCUGCACUGGAACCAAACUGAAAGCCCUGAAGUCCUGCCUGGUGUGUCUGGCCUCCUACUGUCAGACUCACCUGGAGCCUCAUCUGACAGCUUCACGUCUGAAAAGACAUCAGCUAAUUGACCCUGUUCAGAACCUGGAAGGCAGGAUGUGUACGAAGCACGAUAAGCCUCUGGAGCUGUUCUGUAAGACCAACCAGACAGGUGUCUGCAUCCUCUGCAUUGUGUUAGACCACAAGAUGCAUGACGUUGUUCCUCUGAAAGAGGAAUAUGAAGAAAAGAAGGCCAAGCUGGAGGCUGAAAUUCAGCAGAUGAUCCAGACGAGACAACAGAAAAUUCAGGAGAUCAAAAACUCAGUCGAGCUCAGUGAGAAGGACGCAGACAAAGAGAAAGCGGAAGGUGUUCAGGUCUUCACUUCUCUGAAGGAGUCUGUUGAGAGAGACCUGAAUGAGCUCAUCAAAACUAUAGAAGAGAAGCGCAGAGCGACACAGAAACAGGCUGAAGCUUUCAUCGAGGAGCUGGGACAGGAAAUCUCUGAGCUGAUGAGGAGAAGCACUGAGGUGGAGCAGUUGUCACAUCAUGAAGACCACCUCCAUCUUCUCCAGAGUGUCCAGUCCCUAAACACCCACCAUCCACCGCCCACCAAGGACUGGACAGAGAUCAGUAUCCAUCCAUCAUAUGAGGGGACUGCGGUGAGAGCUGUAGCUCAGCUGGAGGAGGCACUCAAUAAAAAGAUAAGGCAGGUGUUGGAAGCCGAGCUGAAGAGGGUCCAGCAGUAUGCAGUGGACGUGACUCUUGAUCCUAAUACAGCACAAGCUGAACUCAUCCUUUCUGAUGAUGGCAAACAGGUACGCCACGAUAAGGUAAUGAAAAUUCUUCCAGACAAUCCGGAGAGAUUUUCUUUCAGUGCCUGUGUUUUGGGAAAACAGCAUUUCUCUUCAGGAAAAUUUUACUACGAGGUUCAAGUUAAAAGAAAGACUGAAUGGUAUUUUGGAGUGGCCAAAGAGUCUAUCAACAGGAAGGGCCAAAUCACACUGGGCCCUGCAGAAGGUUUCUGGACUGUAGGUUUGAAAAAUGGAAAUGAGUACAAAGCUGCUGCUGGCCCUUCAGUCACUCUCUCUCUGAGGUCUCAUCCUCAGAAGGUCGGAGUGUUUGUGGAUUAUGAUGAAGGUCUGGUCUCCUUUUAUGACACAGAUUCUGCAGCUCUUAUCCACACAUAUACUGGCUGCUCCUUCACUGAGAAACUCUUCCCAUUCCUCUAUCCUGGUCCUCAUUAUGGUAAUAGAAACUCUGCACCUCUGAUCAUCUCUCCUGUCGGAGAAAACUAAUCACUGAUCUUAUUUCAUGUACUGAUUUAUGUGUACUCAAGGGAUCAAACCUACUUAUUUAGGGGGAAUAUUUUAUAGUUUUGAUUGAUUUACACUUAAUUGUGAGAUUUUUUUAAAUAUAUGUACCCAUUAUAUAUGCAACACAUUAAUUUGAUGCAUUAAUUAGGGAUGCACCGAAAUGAAAAUUUGUGGCCGAAGCCGAAUAAUAUUAAAUGCUUGGCCGAAUACCGAGUACUGAAUACCGAAUAACGUUGUUUAGUUUUUCAUUAGUUUUUGCAGAUGAACCCCCUCCAGAUUCGUGUUGUCACGGUACCAAAAUUGAAUCCCACUGUACUAUACCAAUGAAAAUAUCAUGGUUCUGAGUAGUAUCACGAUACCACAGCGAAAAUGAGAGAGAUGUGCCUUUUGUCAUUUAUAAAAAGAUAAAUCACUUUUCUAUAAUACAUCAAUGAUAUUUCAAUGGAAUAAAUUACUUAUUGACUUAUUCAUACUUCAAAAACAGCAUCAAUAAGUGAUGAACAUAGGGGGGAUCAAAAUAAAAU